AUGGAAGUGGCUGCUCGGCCAUUUGGUCCAGUUCUCUUCCACUGUGUCGUUACAGUUGGUAAAGUGCUGAUUUUUGUGACGAAGAAGUCGAAUUCGGAGGAUGUGGCUAAUCGUCUACGCGUCAAAGAUUUCAGUCCAGUCCUUCUACAUGGCGAUAUGCUGCAAAAUGAACGAAACGAAAAGCUACAAGCGUUUCGAAAGGAAGCUAACAUUAUGGUUGCUACUGAUGUGGCAGCUCGUGGUUUGGAUAUUCCGGAAAUCAGGACUGUAAUUAAUUUUGACUUAGCACGCGACAUUGAUACACAUGUCCAUCGAAUCGGAAGGACUGGUCGAGCAGGUAUCCUUUCUCUUCAGUUCUGCAAAUCUUAG